AUGAAAGCUCAGCGCCUCAAGUUAGCAUGGUCGAUCAGGUUCGGGGAUCCUCCUAGCCCGUGGGCAAAGCUCAUGAGAUGCAAGCAUGGUAGGGAUAUCCACGCAAGUGAUCAGGCGCCCCCCUCCUUAAAUCCUUCGCCAAUGUGGAAGAAAGUUAGGUCCUUGUUUCCCACUCUGUCGGAGUCAAUCCAGUGGACUGUUGGAGAUGGUGAUUUAAAUUUCUGGACUGAAAAUUGGAUGGGCAGGGGCCCCCUCCAACGCCAUCUUCCUUGUCCCAUCCCCUCAGACCUCUUGGAGCUGAAAGUGCAAGAGGUCAUGGGUAGAGCUGGCCCCUUCCCUCCAUCCCGAGUUUUCGCCCUCCGCCCUCAGCAUCUCAGUGAUGAAAUUAUUAACGGUGGAUUCUCUACUUCUUAUGACCCCCCUGAAUGCUUCUGGCCGCAUGAAAAGUCAGGUAGAUUUUCUAUGCGUUCAGCGUGGCAACUAUUGAGGUCUCCCUCACCGGCUCCUGUGUGGGCUUCAUGGAUUUGGUUAGGCUCCCUUCUGCCAAAGUUCUCUAUAUUCAUGUGGAGACUCCUGCAAAAUGUGAUCCCUGUAGACAGUAGAGUUCAAGAUAAAGGUGUUGCCAUGGCCUCAAGGUGUAGAUGCUGUCUCCAAGGUACGAAUGUAUCUCCUCACCAGGAAUCUAUCCCCUAUCUUUUCCUUUUUGGCCGCCAUGCUCAGAACCUCUGGAACUCUUUCGGUUCGAUAUGCGGUAUCCCGCCCCUGGUUCAUAGUUUUGUGGCGGGUAAGCUGAAUUUUUUGAGGAAUGCUUUGGCACCUGGUGCUGCACAUAAUCGAGUCUGUUACAUGUUGUCGAUCCUGAUUCUCUGGGAGAUAUGGCGGCCAGGAAAUAACUUUGUUUUUGAUAACUCCCCGAUGAACUCUGGGGUAUCAGCGGACCGCAUCAGAUGGUGGGCAAACAUGAUUUCCGGCGCAAAUUUAUCGGAGGCUGUUGGCUGGAAAUGCGUCAAGAGGCCUAAGAAUUCGGUUCCUGUUCACAAUAGGGCUGUUGCUUCCCUAGUGAAAUGGGAUAAGCCUUCCCCGGGAUGA